GACGCCGUGCAACGCUGCGGCGCUGCUGGCGCGCACCCCCCUGGCGGAUCUGAGCGGGAAUGACCUCAUCGACGCGAUCUACAGAUCACUGGCAGAGGGGAAGCGCCUGGAUGAGGAGCAGCAGCAGCUUCAGCAGCAGCAGGCGGACGGCCAGCCAGCCGCCGCGUCAGACGGCGGGCGGCGGGCGGCGGCCGCCGUGGAGGCGUACGGCGACGUGGCCAGGGCGCUGGUGCAGCAGCUGCUCGCGGCGUGGUGGGCGGCGGCGGGGGGCCGCGCGCGCGACGAGCUGAUGCUGCCCGGCACGCGCAAGGCCGGGCAGCUGCUGCAGUCUGUGCUGGCGCGGCGGCGCGGCGGCGGCCAGCCGCGGGACGCGGCCGACGGCGGGGGCGGCGGCCGCGCGGGCGUGCAGCGUGAGGCGGCGGCGGCGGCGGCGGCGGUGGCGACACCCGUUGAGGCAAGCGGGUCGUCGGAGUCUGAGCUGUCCGAGUCGGAGUUGAGCGACUCAGACAGCUGA